AACUGGUAAAGUUAUCAGAGAACGGGUAACGGUACAUCGGGGUGGAGGGACACUGUACAGCGAAUUCCACUGAUAUCAACGACGGCCACUGACAGCAGGCAUUCCCUAUUAUCCACCACGAAGGGGAUUAUCAAUGCGGAUUAAUUACGUUCCUUUCUGGAUUUAAUAUAAACAUAUAUUGAUUAGCUGCUGAGUUGUAUCACGUAUGAAGUUACUGGUUACGCUCGUAUGCAUUUUACACUACGCAUCAUAAGCACUGUGUAAACUAUACUGGGCUAAUGCUUCAAGAAUUCCUGUAUCAGGUUUAUAUAAACUGUCGCUUACAAUUCAGUGAAUGUGUAAGGAGAUGCUCUACAAUGUGACAUUGGUAUAACUGCAUGUGUUUUGUUGAUGGGACGUGUUUGAAAGAAGGUCGUUGUGGUAUUACAGAUCAUGGAAACUGACUAUCAUAAAAACCCUUAUAAAUGUAGAUUAAAUAUAUCUGUGCCAUGUGGAAAGGAAAAACGAUUUCAGAAAAUCAUAUCUCCGUUAAUGAAAUGGAUUGAUCCAUCUUUCCAAAUGCUACAAAUUGUGGAUGACAAUGGAUCUGAGUGGAAGAAUCAGAGAAAUGAAAAUGCGAUCUGUCCGUCACCAUGCGAGGAAAAUAUUGCAUUGGUUCCCGCUAUAACCAUCAUGCUGUUUCUGUACGAGCAUGGUACAAUGUCGGCAGCAAACGUACAGAAGUGUCUGAAGACGAAACCUUGGAAGUUCCACCACAAGGUGGAGCUGCACAGCAAAUGGACACCGGAAAGGGCUGUAGCAGCUCAGGAAUUUUACGAACUUGCGGACGACAUGCCUUUAUGGUCAGUAUGUCCAGUGCAUUGUGGAAAUGAACAUUUCCGCAUAUUAUUACACGUCCAGAAUUUCCAGAAGAUGAUGGAGUUCUACAGGUGUGUCACGGAUAUGGAGAUAGAAAGUAGUAAGCCAGGAUUCUGUAUAUUUCAGCUGUAUACACAACCCGGGUUAGACAUUCAGCUUGCCCUAAAACAGUCCAAAAACAUCAGACCAUACCCCGUGCAUAAUGCUUGCCUUACGUUCCAAGUAAAACAUAUUGACCCAAUCAAGACAUUUCUGGACUGUGAUGUUAUAGAGACGAGAGACAGAACUUUCCUGGUACAGGAUCCGGAUGGAAAUUACGUGAUUCUACAAGAACAACUCAGUAGUGGUGUUACAACGGAUUAUGAAUCACGUGAUCUAUUCCAAAGUCGUGACACACACUCAGGAUCUAAGUUCGAUUCCAAUGGAUAUUCAAAAACUUUAAGGAGUUCUUCGGAUAGCCAGGAUUCGGGAAGGUGUUCUGAUAGUGAUAUAUGGUCUAGUGAAGUCGAACAAAUCAAAAGCAACAACAAGAACGGUAAUAAAAUUCCAUUUAAUCCUGUUAAAAGGUGUUCGCCGCCUGGACAUCUCAGUGGCGACGAAAGUAGAUAUUACAAUGGCUAUGAAGUACCCGACAAGUAUCGCCAGUGGGAGGGACAAAGUCAAUUAACUUUCGACACAGUCAAGAGAAAUAAUAGUGAAUCUAUGCGACGAGUGGAGGCUCCCGUUUUCAUAUAAAACUGAACAAUUACACCUGUCUAUGACAGAACCCCCAUGACGGGUUCAAAGAUUACCUAUAAAAACAGAAAUCUAUCCUUAUACAUUUGUGGUAUUCAUAUGUGGCGUCUAUUUAUGGAGAUUUUCUUUGGAGAUUUUUAGGAUUAUACCUCUCUGUGUGAAGGAUAUGAUCGAGAUAGGUAAAUUUUCGUUCACGGGGACAUAUAACUCAACCUCGUCUUUUACUUAUGACAAGGUAACUGUGACAUUAAUAUCUUCAUCGCGGUAUGAUAAAGAACACCUUGUUAAGAGAUGUGAGGUGAAACAUGAGCAACUGUCUUUUAUUGUUCAUCUAUAUUAUUCUAAAACCUAACUCUUCAUGUUAGCGUACAAAACCUCAUUUAAAACCUAAAUCCAACUUUCAUAAAAAAUAUACCCGUAUCAUGUUUACACAGGGAAUAUUUUCACACAAAUCGGAAUAGGUAGAGGAACUAAAGUCGACUUUCUCGUUACAGGACAUGUCUGUAGAUAUGACUGUCACACUGAGCCCUUGUCAUCUCUUAUUCUUCUAUCCAACGAUAUGAACAAUAGAUCGACUCCAGAUUGUUUCCCGUCCCCAUAUGGGGUCUAUAGGAAUUCUGCCAGGUAACUGCUUGUCUGUCUGUGUUUUAAACACCCUGGAGAGUGCAUGAAAAGUACAAAGAUUUGUCGGAAACUCCUCCCUAAUCAUAGAGUAUAGCGGGAGUUUGAAUGAUGGCAGCUUGGGAAAGGUUUUAAUUGAAUAGUGUGCAAUAUAUCAAAUCCCGUUGUAAAUUUAUACCUCAGCUGCUAUUUUAAAGAAAACGGAGUAUACACCGUGUGUAUCUUAUGCUUCGGUUUAGUAGGCACAUGGGAACCAACAUUUUGCACUUGUAUACAUUUAGAUUGU